AUCAAAUCAGGAUGGGCUUUUUCUACCGCCUCCUGUACUGGAAUUUAUCCCUCGCCGCUCGCUAUCUUACAUCUGGAUUUCUGUGUUGAAAGACGUCAAAUGUAGGGGAAAUGAAGGACGAGAAAAGCACCGCGCGGUCGCUCCCGAGUGCCGACACGGAGCGGAGAAAUGCAGCCGAUGUGGAGGACGGCCGGGCGGGCAGCGGAGCGGCGCUGAACGCGGUGCUGCACGGAGCUGGAUCUGACCGAGCCGCCGCACCGACAGCCCGAGCGGGAACUGGAAUACGCGUUUUAAAGCGUAACAUGAAGAGGAACGGGAGUCGGGGCUGUGUGACCCGGAAGACGCGUUUCGGCUCUCGUGAACGGGACUGGCUGAAGGGCGACACUCAAAGGGGCUGUGUGUGUCUAUACGGGGCCUCAGAGCCGCAGCCUACAGCCUCGGGCCCUCAGACCUCCAGCAGCGGCCAGCCGGACCUGAAGCUGGUGCUGUGCUCCACCAACACCCCCGCUGAGGAGCUGUGCGCUCAGAGAGACGUGCAGGGCCUUUACCUGCAGCUGCACGGAGACCUAAUCAGGAGGCUAGACCCCUCCGAGCGCCCUCUUCAGAUGGUCUACGACUACCUGACGGCCAUGGGCUAUGAAGACCCGCUGCGUGUCCAGCAGGAGGCCGCCAACUCAGACCUCAGUUGUAUGAUCCGCUUCUACAGUGCUUUGCUGUAUCGGCCCGGACAGCAUCACAUGGAAAAACAUGCAACAAACCCCAUGGAUCAUGGAAACAGACACAUACGACCCGUGUCUCACCUAGUCACUGGGUCUCACAGCUUGGUGGUGUCUCAGACUAUAAGCCUGGUGGAUUUGUCCUGCUACAGUCUGGAGGAAGUCCCCGAGUAUCUGUUUUACUGCCAGGACAUCACACACCUCAACCUGCGGCACAAUUUCAUGAGGCUGGACGGCCCAGGAGGACUCGCCAACUUCAACAGGUUUGCCCAGCUGAGGAGCUUAAAUCUUUCUCACAAUGGUUUGGGCGUCUUCCCGGAGUCUGUGUGUGAGAUCCAGACUCUGACGGAGCUCUAUCUGUCCUGCAACGGCCUCAGCGCUGUCCCGGCCCGCAUACACAACCUCCAGAGUUUGCAGACUCUGUGUUUGGACGGAAAUCGUCUGGCUGCUCUACCCGAGGAGCUGGGCAGCCUGGUUCAGCUCUGCAGUCUGGGUCUCUCCUUCAAUGAUUUCCCCCAGAUCCCCGCCGUGCUGGAGCGUCUCUGUGCCCUCGACAAGCUGGCCAUGGCUGGAAACAAGGUGGAGACACUGGAUCUGUGCGGCCUGCUGAGAAUGACUCACAUUAAGAGCAUUGAUCUACGGUUAAACGGUCUGCGCUGUGUCAGAAGUGAAACUGUGGAGCCGGUCAAGCAUCUCCUCCAGCUGGACGUGCGGGACAAUCAUCUGUGUGCUCUGGAUCUGAGCUCCGCCUGCAGUCUGGAGACGCUGCAGUGCCAGAGGAACCAGCUGACGGCACUGACGCUGAGCGGCUUCACCCUCCGCACGCUCCAUGCCAACAACAACCGUCUGACCACCAUCAACAUCUACCCUGUUCCCAACCAGCUCACUCAUAUGGACCUGUCGAGGAAUCUGCUGGAGUAUCUGCCAGACUGGGUGUGUGACAGCAGGAAGAUCGAGGUGCUGGACGUCUCCCAUAAUCUGCUGUCUGAGCUUCCAGCCAGGCUCCUCAGCAGUCUGAGUCUGCGGAAACUGCUGGCUGGAAACAACAGGCUGGAGCGGCUGGCGGAGCUGCUGGACCACGUCCCCCUGGAGACCCUCGACCUGCAGCACAACCGCUUACGAGAACUGCCCGAGAGCCUCUUCUACAAGGCCUUAAAUUUAAAGUCUCUGAAUGUGUCGGCCAAUGGGCUGGAGACGAUCCCGCCGAGCAGCCAAUCAGAGGAGAGCCUCAGCACCCUGCAGGAGCUCUAUCUCACUGGAAACCACCUGAAUGAGAACUGCGCCGCCCUUCUGGUUGGACACCAGAACCUGCGGGUCCUGCAUAUGGCUUAUAACCAGCUGCUGUCCUUCCCUGCCAGCAAACUCAGUAAGCUGGAGGUCCUGGAGGAGCUGAACGUGAGCGGGAACAAGCUGAAGAGCAUCCCGUCUACCGUGUCCAGCUGUAAGAGACUGCACAGCCUCAUCGCCCACUCCAACCACAUCAGUGUGUUCCCAGAGGUCCUUACCCUGCCCGAGAUCAAGCUGGUGGACGUGAGCUGUAAUGAGCAGACCGAAAUCCUCCUGCCGGACUCUCUUCCGUCCACCCUGCAGGAGCUGGACCUGACGGGCAACAGCAGCCUCAUGUUAGAGCAUAAAACACUCAACCUCUUCAGUCACAUCAGCACUUUGAAGCUGGACCAGAAGCCCACUGUGAGCGCAGGAGACGCACAGGCCUCGUCCACCCUGUGGGAUCAUGGUUACGCUGAGAUGUGUGGGCAGAGGAACAAGCUGUGUGUGUCUGUGCUGGCCGUGGAUCGCUUCGGGGACAGUACGGAGGCAGCCUAUGGGAUUUUCGAUGGCGACCGCAAUGAGGAAGUUUCCAGGUUACUGCAGUGCACCAUGGGAGAUGUUUUGGCAGAGGAGAUACAGCACUCCAGUGUGGACAGUGUAUACAUGUGCAACACUUUCCUGACCUCUCAUAGGAAACUUGGCAUGGCAGGCCAAAAGCUUGGUGCCUCUGCUCUGCUCUGCUACAUCCAUCACGAGUCCUCCGAGCCGGGCAGCUACUUUAGCCUCACUGUGGCCAAUGUGGGCACCUGCCAAGCUGUACUGUGCCGUGAUGGGCAACCUCUUGCCCUCUCAAAAGUUUUCAGCCUGGAACAGAGCGCUGAGGAGACGGAGCGUGUCAAACUGGCUAAAGCUAUUAUCACCGAGGAUAACAAGGUGAGCGGGGUAACAUGCUGCUCACGAUUACUUGGCUGCUCCUACCUGUUUCCCUGGGUGCUUCCCAAACCCUGGGUGCACACAGAGCCUCUGUGUUCCCAAGAUGAGUUCCUGAUCCUAGGAAACAAAGCACUCUUCCAGAAGGUUUCCUACCAGGAGGCAGUGAGCACUGUGCUAGCUGUCAGAGAGCCUCGUGCUGCUGCCAAAAAGCUCUGCACGCUGGCACAGAGCUAUGGCUGCCGGGAUAAUGUCGGAGCAGUUGUGGUAGCCUUGCAUAUCGGAGAAGACAGCUGUACAUGUGAGCCUCCUCUUUUGACUGCAGAACCACGAGGAUGUCUUGCUCCGACACCUUUGCCGAUUUCAGUGUCUCCUGGUGACCCAGCGACGCCAUCAUCAAGUAGUGGCAUUGCCUCUGAGUUCAACAGCGAGAUGUCCGCCUCGGAAGUGGGCAGCGAGGCUGGAUCCACAGCCUCAGAUGAGCACCCAUCUUCGGGAACUACAGCUCGUCCGGAGCGCCGUUGUAGUCUGCAUCCUGCUGCUACCUUGUGUAAUACAGGACCCCUGCCUAGUCUGGGCCCCGGAGUGCACACGGCUCUAUUCCAGCGGCAACCUUCCAGUGCCACCUUCUCCAGCAACCAGUCCGACAAUGGACUGGACAGCGACGAUGAGGCUCCUUUAGAAGGAGUCAUCUCUAAUGGGAGUAAGCUAGAGGUGGAGGUGGACAUUCACUGCUGUGCUUUUCAGCUGCGCUCUAAUCCACCUGAAAGUCCAAAGGACUUAGAUGGGCGCCAUGAGUCAAGGGGUUUGGACUAUGCCACCAAAAUGCGGCUUCAAAACAGCGUGGUGGUUUCUGCAACCAACGGCUGCCUGUUGGCAGUAUGUGGACGUGAGAUUUCAGAUCUGAAGAAGUCUCCGUCUACUUCCAGCCUCUUCGGGAAGAAGCUCUCUAAUGGUUCUGUAGUGGCUCCAGAGGAUAGCCACAACAUCAUUGAAGUAGCACUGGAGGCACCUAAAAAGAAGUCUGGAUAUUUUGCUGCACCGGCUCAGCAAGAUCCGGAGGAUCAGCUAAUUAUUCCACCCAGUCUGGAGCAGGACGUGCGGGAGCAGCUGAGGGGUCAGAGUCCUGUGGUUCCUGGGCCUCCACCUCCAUCAACUCCGCCGUCAGCAAGAGAUCCCAACUGGGACCAACCUAACCCCACCGUCCCUGGACUCCACCCCAGCACCAUUUUGCAACAGGACGUCUACGACACCGCUCUAUAGUGGACCACACCAUAGGAGCAUCUCCUCAUCAUAGUGCCACAUCAAAGAGGCUAGCACGCUCUUCCUGCCUUCGAGAUUUUCCAGUCCUUAUUUAGCGCCGUCAUCACGAGUGGGUCCCUGCAUGUGCGUUAUUGAGCUGAUCUGCGAUGGAGUAGCCACAUCCAAUCCCACAUCCGAUCCCACAUCGAGGACCGGAAGGGUGGAAAUGGGUACAAAUGUCAGGACCGAUGAAAUCUGAAAGAUUGAGGUCUUGUGGAGAAACACAUGGGCUAUCCUUGACCAAAAACCACAGCAUGGAGCUGGAGUACCUUAUACAUCACCAUGCGUGAGUUAAUUUCGACAUUCGCCCUUUAUAUCAAAGGUCACAGGCUUAAAGUAGGCUUCAAUGAUUUUGCCUUCUGGUGGAAAGAUACUUACUGAGACCAAAAAAAAAAAGAGAAAAGUGCCUCUUGAAGAUGGUUGAGGUUCAGAGAGCCUUUACUGUUCUGGCGUAUGUGCAGUCUUGCUCUCCUUCCCACAAUGGUGAAAAGUUGGGAUGCUGCACUUCUGAAUUCUUGAGGAAUAUUUCAAACAGAUCCCUUCCCAUCUGACAAUGUGGAAGCGAGGGAUGAGUGGUGUAUCCUUGAAAAGACCUUUCUCCACCUCCCCUGAUCUCCUCACUUGUAUGCAUUUGGGACGUCCCAGAUAAAGCCAUGGGCGUCUCUGGAACCCUUUGCACAGUAGAAGAGUACAAUGAACUUGACGCAACAACUCUGAAGAGGGAAUCGGCCUAGUGAUGGAGGUCAGAGCGAGAUGGAGACACAAACCAUCAUUUCUUAGUACAUCCAGUUCUCGGUGCAAGUCUUUUGGGGACCAGAAAGACCUCACAACCUUGUCUGAAAUCAUAACUUGAGCUGUCUCGGGUUGUUUAGAGUACUUGAAGUUCGAGUGUGCCAUGACUACAUGACAAUUCUGUGGGCCGCGAAAAUGUCAUUGGGUCUUUGUAGUAGUGCGGUUUUGCUGUUGAUCUGAGUGAAGUUGGGAUGUUUUCUCAUUAUCAAGGAAAAACGUGAACAGCUGACAUUUUAGGUUUUUUUUUUUCGGUAUGAGAGGAAAAGGGCAUAUGAUAUAAUGUAUCGUGCAGUGUGUCUGUUUGGGUAUGUGUGCUCUGUUUUUGCCACGCAUGGCACGUACGUAUAAGGAAACAGGCUAGUUUGUUUUAAACAGGGGACCUGAGGAAAGGGUCAUUUGAGUUUGUCAUUGCCACAAUCACAGUAUCAGGGAAUUCUGUGCAGUAAACCACUGUGCUUACGGUUUGAAGAGACAUCUAGUGGUGUUCAUAGGAAACAACUCUUGUUUGCUUUUUCAGGGUUUUCCCUGGAAUGAAGUUGUUCUUUUUCCACGAUCCAUUAAUACGUUUAAAAGUUCCUUUUUUAUAAUUAAUUAAUAAAUAGAUAGGGAUUUAAAAUUAGGGACUUGAAGCGCAAAGUCCAUGUUUAAUUAUUAGAAGUUAAAUUAAUUGACGUUAUCAAAUGCAAUUGGCUAUUUGAGAGUGUCAGUGGUAUUGAAUUAUAUUUAUAAUUUAUUAGGCACACUCUCAGAAUUUAUUAUGAACUAUUUUUACAUGUGCUUACAGAGGAUUAUAAUAGUUCCCAAUUAAAAAGACGUUUGUACACUGCAAAAAAUAAAUAAAUAAAAAAAGUUAGGCUCCACACAAUCCCUUCAUGUCGUCCCAACACAAAUCGGUUCAUUUCACUUUUAAUGGUUUUUACAAUUUUAAGUUGACUGAACGUAAAACGAUUAAGUUGUCCCAACAAACCCUCAAAAAUUGAGUUGUUUGGGAUCAUUUUAAAUCCAUUGCAUUUUUUGCUUUGAAAUUGCACCUCAUUAAAAAAUAAUAAUAAAUUUUUGUUUUUUAAAUCAGAUGAGUUACUAAAAUAAACCCAGUACUUGAAUGUGUCAAUGAGCUUAAGUGUGUCUGUUUGCUCAUAGUAGGUUAAAGCCAUCUCAUCUCUAGGUGAAUUCUGUCAUUGAUAACCGGUUUGAUUUAUUUAUAUGCUCUUGUGCCAAACUUGCAUACAGCUUAGUGUUUGCUAUAUGUGUGAGAAAAGCCUGCCAUCAAACUAAUCUGGAUCCCCGCGUUGAACGGAUUUUGAAUUGAACAUUUGCUGCCGUUAGUUGUUCAUUUUAAUUGCCUACAGACCUGAAACUGUAGCUCGUGUGCCAAAAGCUGUAAAAUAGUGGUACUUGAAUUGAGUUAUUUUGAGAAUUUGAGUCUUCCCUGGGGUUUCACUGAGAGCUGAAGCCAGUGGCAGGGAUGCAGCAGCCCAGCAGUACUCAGAUGUUUGUUUCUGUUAUGGCCUUGAAGCACCAUUUCUUUAGUGUUUAUAUUCCGAUUCCCAUUUGUUGCAUUUAAAAUUAAGUGAAGUAUAUUUCACAGGAAAUUGAUCCUUACGUUAUCAGAGCUGUAUGCUUAAAGGAACACUCCACUUUUAUAGCAAAACAGGCUCAUUUUAAUUCCUCUACUGUUAAACGAUUUUUAAAAUCCAAUCAGCCAAUUUCCAGAUCUGGCAGAAGCACUUUUAGCUUAGCUUAGCAUAGGUCAUUGAAUCGGAUUAGACCAUUAGCAUCAACACCAAAAACUUUAGAUAAUUGUCCUAUUUAAAGCUUGACUCUUCUGUAGUUACAUCAUGUACUAAGACUUACAGAAAAUGAUCUAAUGAAAGUUAUAGAAUUGCAGAUUAUUACGUCAGAAUUAGAGUAUAGUUCCUAGCCAUAUCAGCCUAGAAAAUAGCAACAGAGCUGUAUGCUUAAAGGAACACUCCACUUUUUAACAAGACAGGCUUAUUUUAGAACUCCCCUACAGUUAAACAGUUGAGUUUGAACAUUUUUGUUUUCAAUCCAAACAGCCGAUCUCCAGAUCUGGUGGAAGCACUUUUAGCUUAGCUUAGCAUAAAACAUUGAAUCGGAUUAGACCAUUAGCAUCGAUUCCAAAAAGUUUCGAUAUUUUCCUAUUUAAAGCUUGACUCUUCUGUAGACAUUAUGUACUAAGACUGUCGGAAAAUUAUAUUAUUAUAUAAUGAAAGUUAAAGAAUUGCGGAUUAUUACACUAGAACGAGAGUAUAGUUCCUAGCCAUAUCAGCCUAGCAAAUAGCAACAGAGCUGCAUGCUUAAAGGAACACUCCACUUUUUAACAAAACAGGCUCAUUUUAGGACUUUUAAACAGUUGAGUUUUACCAUUUUUUUUAAUACAAUCAGCCGAUCUCGAGGUCUGGCGGGAUCACUUUAGCUUAGCUUAGCAUAGAUCAUUAAAUCGGAUUAGACCAUUAGCAUGGAUUCCAAAAACUUUCGAUAAUUUUCCUAUUUGAGGCUUGACUCUUCUGUAGACAUCCUGUACUAACACAGACGGAAAAUUAUAUAAUUAUGUAAUGAAAGUUAUAGAAUUGCAGAUUAUUACACUAGAACGAGAGUAUAGUUCCUAGCCAUAUCAGCCUAGCAAAUAGCAACAGAGCUGUAUGCUUAAAGGAACACUCCACUUUUUAACAAGACAGGCCUAUUUUAGAACUCCCCUACAGUUAAACAGUUGAGUUUGAACAUUAUUUUUUCAAUCCAAACAGCCGAUCUCCAGAUCUGGUGGAAGCACUUUUAGCUUAGCUUAGCAUAAAACAUUGAAUCGGAUUAGACCAUUAGCAUUGAUUCCAAAAAGUUUCGAUAUUUUCCUAUUUAAAGCUUGACUCUUCUGUAGACAUUAUGUACUAAGACUGUCGGAAAAUUAUAUUAUUAUAUAAUGAAAGUUAAAGAAUUGCGGAUUAUUACACUAGAACGAGAGUAUAGUUCCUAGCCAUAUCAGCCUAGCAAAUAACAACAGAGCUGCAUGCUUAAAGGAACACUCCACUUUUUAACAAAACAGGCUCAUUUUAGGACUUUUAAACAGUUGAGUUUUACCAUUUUUUUUUUUCAUCCAAUCAGACGAUCUCGAGGUCUGGCGGGAUCACUUUAGCUUAGCUUAGCAUAGAUCAUUGAAUCGGAUUAGACCAUUAGCAUCGAUUCCAAAAGUGUCGAUAAUUUUCCUAUUUAAAGCUUGACUCUUCUGUAGACAUUAUGUACUAAGACUGUCAGAAAAUUAUAUUAUUAUAUAAUGAAAGUUAAAGAAUUGCGGAUUAUUACACUAGAACGAGAGUAUAGUUCCUAGCCAUAUCAGCCUAGCAAAUAGCAACAGAGCUGCAUGCUUAAAGGAACACUCCACUUUUUAACAAAACAGGCUCAUUUUAGGACUCCCCUACAUUUAAACAGUUGAGUUUUACCAUUUUUUUCAUCCAAUCAGCCGAUCUCGAAGUCUGGCGUGAGCACUUUAGCUUAGCAUAGAUCAUUGAAUCGGAUUAGACCAUUAGCAUCGAUUCCAAAAACUUUCGAUAAUUUUUCUAUUUGAAGCUUGACUCUUUUGUAGACAUCCCGUACUAACACAGACAGAAAAUUAUAUAAUGAAAGUUAUAGAAUGCGCAGAUUAUUACACUAGAACGAGAGUAUAGAUCCUAGCCAUAUCAGCUUAGAAAAUGGCAACAGAGCUGUAUGCUUCAAGGAACACUCCACUUUUUAACAAAACAGGCUCAUUUUAGGACUUUUAAACAGUUGAGUUUUACCAUUUUUUUUAUCAAAUCAGCUGAUCUCGAGGUCUGGCGGAAGCACUUUUAGCUUAGCUUAGCAUAGAUCAUUGAAUCAGAUUAGACCAUUAGCAUCGAUUCCAAAAUAUUUUGGUAAUUUUCCUAUUUAAAGCUUGAUCUUCUGUAGUUACAUCAUGUACUAAGACCGAAGGAAGAUUAAAAGUUAUUUUAUUGCACUUAUGGUACUGCGGCAUCAGUCUCUAGAUCAUUACACCAGAAUAAAAGUAUAGUCCCUAGCCAUAUCAGCCUUGGAAAAUAGCAACUUUUCAUUUACCUUCAGUCUUUGAACACAUAAGAGUCAAGCUUUAAAUAGGAAAAUGAUUGAAUCUCUUUUAGAACAAUUUUGGAAGAUGCUAAUGGUCUAAUCUGGUUCAAUGAUUUAUGCUAAGCUAAGCUAAAGUGCUGCCAGACUCAGAGAUCAGCUGAAUACAUUCAGAAAUGGUAAAUCUCAACUAGGAGAGUGUAAAAUGAGCCUAUUUUUAUUUUAUUUUUUAAAGCGGUGUUCCUUUUAAGUGCAUCAAGUAUUGUUGUACAAUCGUAUGAAGUAAAAGAGUUUUACACUGUAUAAGCACUUUGUUCAUAGCUCAGAGAAUCUAUCAAAUGUAGACAUAGUUAAGAAGGGCAUUUUAGUUAUUUGCUGAAAUGCAAGUAAACGCUUAAUGUUAUGCUUUAAUUAAAGAAGUAAGUAUUUUUUCUCAUUUUCCCCCAGGAGAGAUUGGAUUUCUUAUGUUUGGUUGAUUGAGGCACAACAUGCUGAAUUAUACUGUGCUAAAGAGCCAGUGUUUAAGUGCAAGAUGUAGUUAUUAUUAGCUAUAGAACCGUUUCAAUCCCAUGCAGUUCAUUUCCUUUUAUUAAACAGAAGAGUCAUAUUUUGAACUUGUAUACUGCAAGCCACGCCACUUUAUUACCACACUGAGAGCACCUUCUAUAGGCCUACAACAUGAUGCAUAUCUGCAUUGUGCUCAGAUUCAAUAUGCAACAAUCAUACACGUCUAAUCAGAUUGAUCGAUGUCAAUGUUGAAAUAAUUACGGAUAGGAUUGGGAGGAUUCAUAAGCGUGUAUGUGUGUUGUGGAGUGUAUUGUGUUUUUAAUUUUUAGGCUAGCCAACAAUGCUAGUUGAUUUGCCACAUGGACAAAUGUUGUAUUUUAGAUCCCUUAAAUUUGUGCACUGUCUCUUAAUCCUGUCCAAAACAUGUUCAGGUCAAACUCUUGACAUUCUUAGCCAAGUUUAAUAUUACGUUUAAUAUUAUAUAGCCAUCAAGUUUACGUUCGUCUGUUAAAUGGUGGUUUUUAAAAGUUAAAAUUCCGGCAAAAUGAUAAUUGUGUCAUACUAUGAUCCUCCUCAAACCUUGAAUGACUUUCUUUCUUCUGGAACAUUAUUCUGAGGAAGAUAUUUUGAAGAUAUAUAUAUAUAUGAGCAAUAUCACGAGUAGCAGUGAGAUAUGGCUGUACAUCAACACUGGUGGGAGGCGUGCGUUGGCUCGAGGCCACAGGCCGAGAGUGCCUUAGUGUCCCACUAGUGACAAUAUACAACCAUAUCGUACUGCAACUUGUGUGAAAUAACAACAGUUCGACGGCAAAAUCGUGUAUGUAAAAAAAGAGAAUCAAACGCGGAGAGUCUCAAAAAUCCUUUUGUGUCAGGUACUACUUUCUUCCGCCAUUCAUUCACAUCUGCAGCUGACGUCAGAACAGAAAAAGCCGUUACUCAUUCACCAACGUCACAUUAGAGCUAGUGUUUGAAUGAUUCUCAAGCAUGAUGUCUAAACAAAACAGGUGAUUCUGCACACAUUUUAAGAUUAUAAGGCUGAACGGCAUAAAAUGCCAUCAGUCUACAGAGAUUUCCCAGUAUUUCUCUGUUGCAAUCGGUAUAUUACCUUCUUCUGCUUGGGGGGAGUAAUACACAACGGUCAAGAGGCUGUACGAGUGCUGAUAUUUUAAUAUCUCACGGCUAUCAGCCAAUCAGAUUCGAGAAUUAGACAGAACUGUUGAAUGUAUGUAUACAUGUAUA